CAGUUCCAUUCCACUGGUAGCAACAUAGAAAGCAAAAAACUUCGGUCGAACCAAGCCGUAUAAGCAGUCGCCUAAAAGCCAUCAGAGAAGAAAAAGGUAUGAGCAAGCCGUUAGCCGUCGUAGAAGGCAGACCUCGGAGGAGGAAGCUUAAAGCUGCAAGGUAUACUAAGCUCCCAAAAAUUGCUGGGGAAAAAGGAACUGAUAUGAAGCCAAGAAAGACGACGAAGAGAAAAGCCAUCACUGAGAAUGAGGUUAAUGGUGUAGAAAUUUCCUUGUUGUCUAGUGACAAUAAUGAGGCUUUGAGGGAGCAAGACAUCAAACUAGCAGUGGACUUGAGUUACUUGCGUGGCAAAGUUGAUUCAGUGAGUGAGUCCAGCUACUUGCGUGGUAAACUUGACGCAUAUGAGUCUAUGAUGGUAAAUGUGAAGCAGCAUGCAGUUACAGCAUUUAACUUAUCUGAUCAAGCUGCUCCAGAAGCUCCUGCCCCUGCCCAUUGGUGUUGGUAAUAUGUAACAUUUGGCUAACAUUAACUACACUAAUAUGUAGAGUCCUCAUGUUUCCUUUUCCCAUGUUUUAUCCUCUGAGUUCAACUGCAAUCUAAAAUGCAUGUGAACUUGGAAGUAGCCUUCAACCCUUUAGUUUUGCACAGGCAGCUGGUUCUUAGUAAACCUUUAUGGACCCUCUCACAGCAAAGUCAGGGAGGCAAAUUGUAAAUGAAGUUAACUGACUGUAUAUUACUCCCUCUGUUUCAAUUUGACUGGGCACGGAGUUUAAGAAAAGAGAGAGACUUUUGAACUUGUGGUGUAA